AUGGAAAAAGAAGUGGUCGAUUCUUCAGAACAGAAAUCAAUAUCCAAUUGUAUCUGCGACAGAUCAGAAAGAACUGUAAAAUGCCUGACUUGUGGAGCGACAUUUCUAGGUCAUGCCGCACUGACAUGCAACGAACAUCCAAGAAGAAUCAAUUUGAUGGAUAUAAGGCUUUGUCCCAAUACUUCAUGUCGCAGUAGCCAUUUAAUGGAAUUUGAGAAUGCUGAUGCUCAGAAUAGAGAUUCAGAGCACCGUAAAAUCAUUCUUCCCCUUGAUUAUUUCACUACUUUGGUAAUUGGAAUGAUUAAUACUAUCAACAACAGCGAUAUUACUUGUCGAGAACAGCUUUCACUUCCUCGAGGAUUCAUAUUAGUUAAUACCUCACCAAAUUUCCCCAAUAUGCUUGAAGCUUUAGAAAAUUCCAUCCCCCACGCUUCAGUGCCACCCAGUCAUUGCAAUACUGCACGAGAUGUCUAG